AUGCCGCGGCUCUUGUGGUCGCUUGCCUGCUGGCUUCUGCUUCCGCUGGCCAGGAGCUCUAGAAACCUCAAGCCAAACAUCGUGUUUAUCAUGGUCGAUGAUUUAGGCUACAACGAUGUAGGGUACCACAGAUCCCACAUUAGGACACCUGAGAUUGACAGACUGUCCAAGGAAGGUGUUCGUCUGGAGAACUACUACGUGCAGCCCAUCUGUACACCCACACGGAGUGUCUUCAUGUCAGGCAGAUAUCAGAUUCACACAGGUCUACAGCAUGGAGUUAUAGGUCCCACUCAAGCCAUGGCACUUCCCCUGGGCUCGCCCACACUGGCAGACAAACUCAGUCAGGCCGGGUACGCCACCUAUGCUGUGGGUAAAUGGCACCUUGGCUUCUACAAGAGGAAGUUUCUGCCCACCAGGCGUGGCUUCGACCGCUUUUAUGGCUUCUAUACCGGCGCUGGCGACUAUUUUCGUCACAAUCGCUGCUUAAAGGGAGGCUGUGGUGUUGACCUUCACGAUGACACCAAAGACACCUUUGCUAAUGUGUUCAAUGAAAGUGGCACAUACUCAACCCACCUGUACACACAGAAGGCCAUCGACCUUAUCCAGGCACACAAUGUAGAUAAACCAUUCUUUCUGUACCUGGCAUACCAGGCUGUACAUGGGCCGCUGCAGGUGCCACACAAUUACAAGCAGGAGUACCUGCACAUCCCUGACCCUAACCGCAGGACAUUUGCAGCCAUGACCUCUGCCCUAGACCAAGGUAUAGGUAAACUGGUGCAGGCCCUCAAACACAAAGGUGUUUGGAACAACACAGUGCUAGUCCUGUCCACGGACAAUGGGGCUGACCCAUCUAAUGGUGGCUCCAACUGGCCGUACCGGGGUCGCAAGGGUGAAUGGUUUGAGGGUGGUGUCAAGGGUGUAGGGUUUGUGUCCAGCCCACUAUUGGAUAAACAGAGAUACGCAAACAAAGCUCUGAUCCACGUCGCUGAUUGGUUCCCAACAUUCAUCAGACUGGCCAAUGCAAACAUGAGUGACACACAUGAUGUAGCUGGAGUCGACCAAUGGGAUGUCAUCAGUAAGAACGCCCAAUCAAAGAAAAUCAUGAUCCUUCACGGAAUCGACCCCUUAACCAAAUCUGUGGCUCCUGCAGGAAAGUAUUCCAGUAUAUUUGAUGCCCGAAUGAGUGCUGCCCUGAGAAUCGGAGACUACAAGCUCAUCACAGGACCUUGUGCAGAGGGAAAAUGCAAGCGAAGAAUCAACAAACCAAACAAGUUUAUGAUCUCGAGAAAUCAGUACAGACGAAAGUCAAAGUACAGAGGAAAAAGGCGACACAAGAGGAAGCAGCGGCCGCUCAAUAAACAUGUAAAACACAUGAAAAACACCAUAGCAGGGCCUGCACGCCUGGUUCAGCUGUACAAUAUACGCAGGGACCCGCUGGAGAAACACGACCUCUCACGCAGACAACCUAACAUUGUGAGGAAGAUGCUGGAGAAGCUGCAGGAGUUUUAUGUCACAUCUGUCUCACCUUGUUACCCCAAGAAUGAAAAGGUAGCUCCAGUACAGAAGGCCUGGGGGCCGUGGAGGGAAGGGAAAGACCACCAUCAGUAUUGUCCUAUGAGAAAAUCAUUACUGGCAAACACUAGAGCAUCUUAA